GAAUUUCCAAAAAGCUGCAAUCUUUUUCCCCUAUAAAAAUUCCACAACCCCAGCUCACAAAAAAGAAUCCACAUAGCGAAAACCCUCAGCACCAUAAUCAACAUGGCUAACCAUGGGAAUUGCCAAUCCCAAGUUGUGGUGGUCCUUGUUCCAUUGCCAAUGCAAGGCCAUCUCAACCAGCUCCUCCAUCUCUCCCGUCUCCUCUUGGCCUACAAAAUACCAAUCCAUUUCGUUGGCACCGCCAUACACAACCGCCAAGCCAAGCUUCGCGUCCAUGGCUGGAACCCAACUUCCUUUUCCGAUAUCCAUUUCCACGACUACUCUAUCCCUUCUUUCCCUUCCCCUCUUCCCAAUCCAAACCAGAAGUCCAAAUUCCCUUCUCAUCUCCAACCUUCUUUCGAAGCCACCCGCCAUCUCCGCAAGCCCGUCGGAGCUCUUCUACGCGAGCUUUCGUCCAACGCAAGAAGGGUGGUCGUCAUCCACGACUCUCUCAUGGCUUCCGUCGUUCAGGAUUUCGUUUCCUUAGCCAACGCCGAGUCCUACAUUUUCCACAGCAUCUCUGCAUUCGCCAUGUUCUUGUAUUUCUGGGAGUCAACGGGAAAACCACCUCUGUACUCCACCAAUAACAUCGUCCCAGAACAUAUCCCGUCACUGGAAGGUUGUUUCUCAGCCGAGUUCUUGGAUUUCAUAGCAUCGCAGCACGGCUUGCAGAAGUUCAAAUCCGGGUGCUUAUUCAACACCAGCAGAGUGAUAGAGAAGCCAUACUUGGAUUUGCUGGAUAGCAUUAACAAAGCGAAGAAGAAUUGGGCAAUCGGGCCUUUCAACCCGGUGAAUUCGAUAAUAGACAAGAAAUUUGUUAGGAAUAAUAAUAAGAAUAAUGGUAAACGACACAAGUGCUUGGAUUGGCUCGAUAAGCAAGCGCCGAGAUCAGUGAUCUAUGUGUGUUUCGGAACCACAACGGCCUUGACGGAGGAGCAGAUCAAAGAGAUUGCAUUGGGAUUGGAACAAAGCAAGCAAAAGUUCAUCUGGGUAUUGAGGGAAGCGGAUAAAGGAGACGUAUUCAAUGGAGAAUUCAGAAAAAUGGAGCUUCCGAAAGGAUACGAAGAGAGGGUAAGAAGUGUGGGGAUAGUGUUGAGAGAUUGGGCUCCACAGCUGGAAAUCCUGGGCCAUCCAUCGACAGGUGGGUUUAUGAGCCACUGUGGUUGGAACUCGUGCAUGGAGAGCAUCACAAUGGGGGUUCCAAUUGCAGCUUGGCCAAUGCACUCGGACCAGCCAAGGAACGCUGUUUUGGUGACCAAGUUACUGAAAAUAGGCAAUGUUGUGAAGGAGUGGGGGUCCAAGGAAGAGAAGGAGGACAUGGUGACCGCGACAACGGUUGAAAAUGGUGUGAAAAAGUUGAUGACCUCCAAAGAAGGGGAUGAGAUGAGGAAGAGGGCUGCACAAUUGGGGGUUGCUGUUAGGCAGUCUAUGGCUGAUGGUGGAGCUUCUCGCAUCGAAUUGGAGUCUUUCAUUUCUCAUAUCACUAGGUAGAAUAUUAGCUAAGCUUAGUUUGGGUUUUAAUUAAUUAAUUGCAUAUGAUCAUAUAAUAUAUAUAUAUAUAUAUGUAUGCUAUUUUGGGAAAUGUCUCAAAUGAUACUGAACAUGGGAUAGUAAAGUAUAGGGCCUAGAAGCUGUACAACCUAGGUCCCCCCCCCCCCCCCCCCCCAACACGCACACAUAUAUGUAUGCAGGCAAUCCUCUGAAAUCUUUGAGAGUUGAAAUAUGUACAUAGAAAGUUUCAUUGGUUUACAUAGUUUAGCACCCAUCUACGUUACAUCUCUAUCGUUGUGGUCCAUCAAACUUUUAUUAUUAUGUUACAUAUUAUUAUUAUUAUUAUUAUUAUACAAUAUGAAUUUCUUUC